GUCUUUCGCUGGACUCACUUUGAAUGUUGGAUAGUUCAAGGCAUAACUUAAAGAUAACAGUUAUGAAGUUUUUUCUCGUAUUUGCAAUAAUUGCAAUUCUCAUUGCAGCCAUAAUUGCUGUACUUGUCCCAUAUGAGCCAAGGAACCCACUUUCCGGUAAAGAAUGGCCUCCUGGCUCACCAUGGCCUUUGCCCUACAACAUGUCAAGCACAGCUACUGUAUUAUCCUUCAACCCUGCAACAUUUCGAAUUGUCCCUUUAGUACUAAAUUCUGAGCAGUGUGACCCCUUAGAUUUCGCAGUGUCCAAAUACAACAAUGAUUUCUUAUUCGCCACAAUCGAAGGCAUUCCUGGAGUUCCAGAUCCUGAAGUUGGAUUAAUUUCUGAACUCAGAGUUUUGGUUGUGGGGGACGCCAGUGGAAAUACGGAGUGUCAAAACUUUCCUAGAUUUUCUGACGACAUCGAUGUCUAUGAGCGUUACGCAAUCACGAUAAGUUCCGAUGGACUCGCGGACAUUCAAGCGUUCACCGUUUGGGGGGCACUAAAAGGAAUAGAAACUUUCGCUCAGUUAAUUUGGAAUAAUGACAAUUUUGAUGGGAACGGUCCACUGCACUUUUACGUUAAUGAGACAAUUGUCCAAGAUUAUCCACGGUUUCCUCAUCGCGGUCUGAUGAUUGAUACUUCAAGACACUACCAACAAGAAAAGAUAUUUUACGAAGUGAUGGAUGGCAUGAUGUACAACAAGCUUAAUGUAUUUCAUUGGCACAUUGUAGACGAUCAGUCAUUCCCAUAUGUUAGCAUACGAUUUCCUGAGUUAUCUGCCAAGGGGGCGUACACAAGUCGACAUGUUUACACACAAGAAAUGAUUGCAAGAGUCAUGGAAGCAGGGAGACUUCGAGGUAUUCGAAUCGUGAUGGAGUUUGAUACCCCAGGCCAUGCUAACUCAUGGGGCCAUGCGUACCCAGACUUGUUAACUCCGUGUUAUGGCGAUGGCGUAACCCCCGACACGCCCAAUUAUCCUCAGCAUGCGGCGAGAGAAAACCUUAAUCCCAUGGAGGAAUUUACCUACUCUUUCAUGAGAGAUUUCUUCGAAGAGAUUGUUCAGGAUGUCUCUAAAGACAUUUUUGUUCAUUUAGGGAUGGAUGAAGUUUACCCUCCUUGUUGGGAAUCAUCACCUGAGAUUGCAGAGUUUAUGAGGAUCAAUAACUAUACCAGCAUUCCCGAGGUUCAAGAGCAUUUCACGACACGACAUAUAGCAAUGGUUCAACAGCUCGGAGCCUUGCCAAUUAUUUGGCAGGAUCCAUUAGACUUUGGCGUUAACGUGGAUCAAGAUGUUCUGAUUCAAGUUUGGAAGAACUGGGGGCCUGAUUGGGAAAGUAAUUUGCAGAAUGUUCUCGACAAAGGCUAUAAAACUUUGUUGUCUGCUCCAUGGUACAUCAACUACAUCGAUUACGGUGAAAGUUGGAGAAACUAUUAUGAAGCAGACCCUGUGUUAAGUUUGCCUAAUAUAACAGAAGCUCAGAUUCCUUUAAUUCGAGGUGGAGAAGCUUGUUUGUGGGGGGAAUUUGUUGAUCAGACUAACAUUCUUCCUCGACUUUUUCCAUUCAUUUCUGCAGUAUCAGAAAGGCUGUGGUCUCAUGAUAUUCCGAUCUCGUCCCAGGCCACCAAUGACGCAAGAAGACGACUCGAUCAUCAAAGAUGCCGACUGCUGCAGCGAGGAAUCCCAUCUCAACCAAUCUUGAAUGGAUACUGCGGAGCAUGGGAAGUUCUCCUCUAGCAAUCGAUCAAGGAAUUUAUAAGAAUUUAAUAUUUUAAUUAGUGUAAUAAAUAGCUGCUAAAAAGA